AUGUGCAUCUUGCCAAAUUCGAAAGCAGUUCCGUCCUGGUCUGUUCCCUUGGCUCUCUCGCUCGUAGCCAUGGGUUGCAUCCAAAGCAUCGCCUGUAAAUCGCGGAUCAAACGCGAGAACAUAGUUGUCUAUGAUGUGUUGGCAACCAUAGACCACACUCCGACAGUUAUCGAGGAGAACUCGCCAAUAGUGCUGCGAUACAAAACGCCUUAUUUCAAGGCCUCGGCUCGGAUUGUCAUGCCCCCCAUCCCUAGGAACGAGACCUGGGUCGUGGGCUGGAUCCAGGCUUGCACACAAAUGGAAUUUUACAACACUUAUGGGGACAUCGGCAUGUCGAGCUGGGAGCUCCCCGAGCUGCGCGAGGGCAUGGUGCGGGCCAUCAGCGACUCGGAUGGCGUCAGCUACCCCUGGUACGGCAACACCACGGAGACGGUGACGCUGGCCGGCCCCACGGCCAAGCCCUCGCGCUUCACCGUCAGCAUGAACGACAACUUCUACCCCAGCGUGACCUGGGCCGUGCCCGUCAGCGACAGCAACGUGCCCCUGCUCACCCACAUCAAGCGCGACCAGAGCUUCACCACCUGGCUGGUGGCGCUGAACGCCGGCACGCGCGAGCGCAUCCUCCUGCAGACCAUCAAGUGGCGCAUGCGGGUGGACAUCAGUGUGGAGCCGUCCCGGCCGCUGGGCUCCAGGGCGCGGCUGAUCGGCCGGCCGCACCAGGACCAGCCGCGCGUGCUGACCCGCAUGGAGCCCAUACCGCUCAACGCUCUGGGCCGGCCCAACGCCAACGACGCUCAGGUGCUGAUGUGGAGGCCCAGGAGGGGGCCCCCUCUAGUGGUCAUACCCUCCAAAUGA